AUGCCACGACGGUCCUCUCGACCUGAUCCUGUGUCGCCUGAAGCGCCUGUGGCGCCAAAGCGACGCGCUUCAGCUAGGCUGUCCGCCGCCGAACCGGAGGUCAAACGGGUCAAGUCAAACGUCGACCUGACCCUCCGCCAGGCAAAGUCCACGACCAGCAAGAGCAAGUACUUCGAGCCGGAAGACUCCGAUGAGCCUGACUCGGAGUCCGAUGCCUCUGCGGGGGAUUCCUCUGGCUCAGUGUACGAGGAAGUAGAGGAAUCCCCCGCAGAGGAAGUGGAGCCGGAAGAACUCUUCGACACCGACGAGGACACGAAGAAACCCCACGCCAGGGGAAACCCACGACAGAGCACCAGCAGCGGGAGCGACCCUAUGAAGGGUAAGGAACUUUGGCGCGAGGGCGUCAGAGUGGGCCUGGAGCCUGGACAAGAAGUUAUCAUCGCAAAGCCCAAGGCCCGAGACGCGGGGAAAACCCCGUACCAGGAUGAGAUUCUGCACCCCAAUACCAGGCUGUUCUUGAUCGAUCUAGCUGAUAACAAUGACCGACAAUGGCUCAAAGCCCAUGAUCCGGAUUACAGAGCGGCAAAGAAGGACUUUGAGACAUUCGUCGAGUCCCUCACACCGAAGAUUGCAGAAGUAGACGCUACCGUCCCCGAGCUUCCUGUAAAGGACCUGGUAUUCCGCAUCCAUAGGGAUGUUCGCUUCAGCAAGAACCCACUUCCGUACAAGACGCAUUUCUCUGCUGCCUGGUCUCGAACUGGCAAGAAGGGUCCAUACGCAGCAUACUAUGUCCACUUCCAGCCAGGCUCUUGUUUUGUUGGCUGCGGGCUAUGGAACCCCGAGUCGGAGCCACUUGCACUGCUGCGAGAGGACCUCGAUGAGAACUCGGCUGGCUUAAAGGGAGUACUCCGGGCGCCGGAGAUGCGUCGCGAGUUUCUGAAGGGAGCGUCCGAUGAUGACGAUGCGGUUGUGGACGCUUUUACACAUCACAACAGGGAGUCUGCUCUCAAGACGAAGCCAAAGGGUUACGAGGCAGAUAACAAGAACAUCAAAUUGCUUCGACUACGCAGUUUCACUAUUGGAAAGCCCAUUGCAGAUGAUGAACUCACUGGAGAUGAUGCUCAAGAGAAGAUUACGGCUUUAGUGAGAAUCAUGGAGCCUUUCGUGACGUAUCUCAACAGUGUGGUGAUGCCCGAUCAGUGA